CAGCUGGAUUACCAUCCUAAUGCUGUGGCUUUUGUUUCCUGAUGUCCCAGGGCUUAGAAACCAAGAUGGCAGAGAUUCACAGCUGAGACUAGUCUUAGUGGGUAAGACCGGAGCAGGGAAAAGUGCCACAGGCAACAGCAUCCUCGGAGAGAAAGUGUUUCGUUCCAGCAUUGCGGCAACAUCAGUCACCAAGACCUGUAACAAAGGGAGCAGCAGGUGGCAGGGAAGAGAAAUUGUGGUCGUGGAUACGCCUGGCAUUUUCGACACCGAGGCACAGGAUGCUGACACCUGCAAGGAGAUUGCUCACUGCAUCUUCCUGACCUCCCCAGGGCCUCAUGCUCUGCUCCUGGUGGUCCCGCUGGGCCGGUACACGCAGGAAGAGCGAAAGGCCACGGAGAAGAUCCUGCAAAUGUUUGGACCCAGAGCUAGGAGAUACAUGAUUCUCUUAUUCACCCGGAAAGAUGACUUGGAUGGCAUCAAUUUCCAUGAUUACUUACAGAAAGCACCCAAAGAUAUCCGAGAGUUGGUGGGCAAGUUUGGUGAUCGCUACUGCGUGUUCAACAAUCGGGCGACAGGAGCAGAGCAGGAGGCCCAGAGAAAUCAGCUGCUCACCCUGGUCCAGCGCAUUGUCGCCGAGAAUGAAGGAAGAUGCUACACUAAUAAGAUGUAUCAAAAGGCUGACAACGAGAUUCAGAAACAAAUGCAAGAAAUGCAAGAAUUUUACACAGCAGAGCUAGAGAGAGAGAGAGUGCAGAUAAGAAAGGAGUUUGAAGACAAGAUCAGAAAGCUGGAGGAUAAACUGGAGCAGCAGAGACAAAUGGAACAAAUGGAGAGGGAAUUGGCUGAGAAAGAGGCAUUAUAUGCUGUAAGGCUGCAAAAACACAGAGAUGAGAAUCAGUAUAAGAUAGUUGACUUGGUCAUGAAAGCUCUGCAGAUGGUUUUUCCUAUCUUCUCUCACCUGUUUAUGAAAGAUUAACCUGAAUGAGAAGAUCUGAUUUGCUACACAUUUUCCGCUGGCCCUGCCAAGCCCCUCACCCCAGAACUCAUUCACCAACCUUGAAGCACACUCGAUUCUGUCUCUCAGACUCUCAGGAUGAAGGGGUAUAAUCAGAUUCACUGGUGGUGAUUGGUAGAUGUUUGAUUGACUUACCAGGGGAGGGACGCAUUCUCAAUUUGUGGAACUCCAGAGUAGAAGGUAUUGAUGAUCUUCUAA